CCAGCCGGCAGCCCAGCCCAGAGGCACGUGCUGGCGCCGUUUACCUGGCGGCCUGGGCCGGGGCCGGGGCCGGCGGGAUCUGGCAGCUGCGGUGCGGGGGAGGGACCACUGGGGCAUGGAGACGGCUCUUUCUAAGCUGCAACAACUGGUCCGCGAGGAAAAAUCCCAGAUACUUCUUCUUCUUUGAAAAAUCUGCCCCGGCUCGGGGCAAACUGCCAAAAAAAGAGGUCAUGUCUGGGGAGACCCGGAUGUAUGGCAAUCCUGUGUCCCUGGUCCAGCCUGCCCAGCUCGUGUUCUGCCCCCAGCCCGUGUCCUGCUCCCGGCCUAUUUCUGCCUCCAGCCCUGUUCAGCGCCCAUGUUUUGCAGGUCACUGCCCCUCUCCUACGUAGUGUUCGACGGGCCUGCACCGCAGCCCCCACUCGUCUUCCUGCACGGCCUGCUGGGCAGCAAGGGCAACUUCCGCGCCAUCGCCCGGGCCCUGGUGCAGCGGAGCGGCCGCAAGGUGCUGACAGUGGACGCGCGGAACCAUGGCGAGAGCCCGCACAGCCCCACCAUGAGCUACGAGGCCAUGAGCCUGGACGUGCAGCGCCUCCUGCGGCAGCUGCACAUCCCCAAGUGUGUCUUGGUUGGCCACAGCAUGGGCGGCAAAACUGCCAUGACACUGGCGCUGCAGCGGAUCUCGUGGAGCGCCUGGUGUCUGUAGACAUUAGUCCCACAGAGAGCGUGGCUGUGACAGAUUUCCCGGCCUACAUCUCUGCCAUGAGGAGAGUGAGCAUCCCAAGUGGAAUCCCCCGCUCCACGGCACGCCGGCUGGCAGAGGAUCAGCUGCGUCCAGCCAUCCAGGUGUCGGCAGUAAGGCAGUUCCUGCUCACCAACCUGGUGGAGGCCGAGGGCCGUUACAUGUGGCGGGCGAACCUGGAGGCCAUUUCCCACCAUAUGGCCAAUAUCGUGGGCUUCCCUGUGUUCCACACCCCUUACCCAGGAACCACGCUCUUCCUAGCAGGAUCUGACUCCCCCUAUGUCAGCUCCGAGGACUACCCAGAGAUCGAGCGGCUCUUUCCCGAGGCAGAGAUCCAGUAUAUCCCAGGUGCUGGCCACUGGGUCCAUGCAGAUAAGUCCCAAGAGUUCAUCACGGCCAUCUGCAACUUCCUGCUGCUGCCAUAGAGCUCCUUCCUGUGCAGGCUGAGAGAGCGCGAUUCCCGGGGCUGCCUACUCCGGGAUCACCACGUGAAGGACAUGGGGAUCCUCUUGGGGACAGAUCACUGCUGAGGUGUGGCCCCUGUCCACAAGCAGGGCCUCUGAGAUGGAAGGCUCAGCACCUGACCCAUGCGUCUGUGUGACAGGCUAGAGCGGAGAGUGAGGCAGGGCAGCACUGCCAGGGCCAGGAUCUCUCUCCACCCCAGGCAGCUGGAGAUGAUUUGGCCUCAGUGCUCGUUCCAGCGGGCCAGGGCAGAUCUGGAGUUGAGGCUCCCCGCAGGCCAUCGUGCCCUUCCAUGUGCAUCCCCAGCAUGUUGGGGCAGUGGCCCAUGGGCUCCCUGGCCCUGUUCUUCCCUCUUAUUUGAAUCCUUUCUUUGGGGUCUUAAGGUUGUUCUCAUUCCCAGCCCCCUUCCCCAGCACACACAGACCUCCAAGCACACAUAGACCCUUGACUGGGCCGGUUCUCAGGGGG